CCGAGCGGCGCUUACAGAGCUCCUCUCAGCACACAGAGACCCGAGAGAGAGAGAGAGAGAGAGAGAAAGAAAAAGAAAGAAAGAAAAAAAGGAGAGCAGAAUGGUGAAGAUUUCGUUUCAGCCCGUAUCAGUGCAGAAGCCUGAAAAGCAGAGGGAUGGAGGGAAAGAGGAAAUUAUCAUGUCUUACUCUCAGCCGGAUGAGUUGGUCCUCCCUCUCAGGCCGAAGAAGUCUUCAGUAAAUGGCCUCUGCUGCCUGAUCCCUGGCCUGGUGAUUUUCAUGUCUGGCCUGAUCGUGGUGUCAGUCUAUGUGUAUCGCUACUACUUCACCCCGCAGAUCCCUGAGGACAGUCUGUUCCACUGUCGAGUGAUGUAUGAAGACUCCCUGUAUGCACCGUUGCUAGGGAGACAGGAGCUGCAAGAGAAUGUUGGUAUCUACUUGGAAGAAAACUACGAGCAGAUCAACGUUCCUGUGCCCAACUUCGGAGGAAGCGAUCCAGCUGACAUCAUCCACGACUUCCAUCGGGGUCUCACAGCAUACCACGACCUUGCUUUGGAUAAAUGCUAUGUUGUUGAGCUCAACACGACCAUUGUCAUGCCUCCCAGGAACCUGUGGGAGCUACUUAUUAAUGUCCAGAGGGGGAUGUACCUACCACAGACCUACAUGGUUCAGGAAGAGAUGGUGGUGAUAGGCCGGGUGAAGAACAUGCGCCAGCUCGGCCCCUUUAUCCACCGCUUGUGUUAUGGAAAAGAGACUUUCCGGCUGAAACGUCGCAACUCUCGCAGACGUAUUGACAAGCGAGAAACUAGAACAUGUCAAAGCAUCCGUCACUUUGAGAACACCUUCGUGAUGGAGACACUGAUCUGUGACCGGUCCUAAAACUUCAGUCUCGGAUCUUUCCAACUCAACUGAGCAGAUCCCAAAACCUGUUCCUCUGCGUUUAGCUUUUAUUGCACUUUAUAGAAUACCUACUCUGUACAUACUGUCAGGCAUCAUGUCCUUUUUUUUUUUUUUUUCUUUCAGAUUUAGUUUGUGAUGAAUCAGAACUGGUUUGUUUUUCAGCAUCCUAAUGUCCCUGAGGAUAAGAGCUGCCUUAGUGUCAAGUUUGGUGGCUAUUCUUAAUGUCUUGGUUAAACAUGUUUAUCUGUAUAUAUUGGUAUUUACAUAAGUGUAUAUAAUUUUAUUUAUUUUUUCCAUUGAAGAUGUGUGGGGGGGGAUCUAAAUGUCAGACUGAUUUGAGAUAUCAGCACAAUGAAAUGGCUUCUGACGUUAUUGACUUCUUUCUAGUGUGAGACUAUGGCAUGCACUAUGCACUGACUUCAUUUACUUUGAUUCUCUGUCUGUUAGUUGGUGAGGGUUAUUUUGUCUCUAUAAUGGAUAACCUGUUCACUGUUUCCCUGUGUUUAAAUAAGAAAUCCAAAUUUUGAAAAUUGUCUUAAUGCCAAAAAGUAUACCUCAUGUUUUAGAAAUGUAUAAGUUAAUUACUUGUUAUUUAAGACAUCCUUUUCAUUUUGCUCCCAAAGUAACUUAAGCAAUAGAGUUUUCUUAUCUUGGAUUUCAUAUUUUAACAUCAGACAUUUUCGCUAUGAGUAAACUUGUAUGUCUUUGUCUCUUUGUGACAUUUGUGAAUAAAGUUUAUAGAAAAAUU